AAACAGAGCAAAACGAGAGUUUCUAUUGGACACAUGAAGUUAGGUCUUUCCCCGUUUCGUUAUGUUUGCUUCCGUAUAAGAAAUGUUUUGCAAUAGAAUUCGCAUAAUGAAUACGCCCCUGAUUACAAACACGGAAAUACAGUGUAGUUAGAACGACGUCAACGUUGAGUUGCUGAUGCAGACGUCAACUAUUUGCACGAUAGCUGAUUUGGUAUUCAUAGCGAAAUUACUCACAAUUUAGACACAUACCUAGCUAUCUAGGUAGUGCACCACAUAUUCUGUUUUCCGAUCUAUGGAGUUUUUGCAGUUUCUAUCAUGGGCGUGCAUCGUAUUUACAGUCGGGAUGUUCUCGACUGGACUGACGGACCUGAAGAAGAUGAGAGCUUCCAAAAGUGCAGAUAACGUCCAGUUCCUCCCCUUCCUCACCACAUGCCUCAAUAACCUGUAUUAUGGGAUACUGAAGACGGAUGGUACUCUGGUCCUGGUUAACACCAUAGGAGCCUGUCUACAGUCCCUCUACAUCCUCUCCUACUGCCACUACACCAACGACAAGAGGCGAGUGACCUCUCAGACGUUACUAGCAGGAGGAGUGGUCUGUGGAGGCUGGCUGUACUUCAGUGUUCUCCUGCCUCAGGGAGAGUCUCAGCUGGCCCAGCUAGGUCUCACCUGUACUUUCACUAUCACCAUGUACCUGAGUCCACUCGCUGACCUGAUGGAGAUAGUGCGUACUGGUAGUGUGGAGCGUUUGUCCUUCUCUUUGACUGUAGCUACCUUCCUCACCUCAACAUCCUGGACGCUCUAUGGACUACAGCUACAAGACUACUAUAUCAUGGUUCCAAACACGCCAGGCAUUGUGACCAGUCUCAUCCGGUUCUUCCUGUUCUGGAGAUUUGCAUCUGUCAAUCAAGGCGUGCCAUCCUAUAAGCUCAUCGAAAUCUAAGUGGCUGGAGACUCGCACACCAAUGGUUGCAAGGGAGAGAGAUAACAGGCUUCUUGACCCUAUCAUGGUCAGGCUGUCAAUCACUGAUAUUGUUACUCAUAUUGUAAAUGAUUCAUGAUCACUCCUACCCACCAAGGGUUGAAGGAGACUUUCUCCUCUCAAGGCAGAAGCUGUCCCUAAUCACAGAUCUAGGAUCAGAGUACCCAAGCAAUGGGGGAUGAACAAUUCUGAAUAAAUAUCUGACCCUGUAUCAGUGGUUAGGGGCAUCUUCCUCAUCUUCCUCCCUCCACCACUUCCUUUUAGUGCCUUCUGUCCUAGUCUGGGACAUCAUUACUGCCACCUGAGAACUCAACCAUGGGCGGGACAGUCCUGCCCUGUCAAUCACAGUAGUCUCUGUUACCCAGUGGGAGCUUUUUUGCUCAGCAUCAAUGCGCUGCUAUUGGUUGAAUCGCUCUAACUAUAACAGGGCAGGAUGGUCCCGCCUCUAGUGGGGUUUGAGACUCCCUCACCUUUAUAGUUGACUUGUCCUCAUCAUUAUGGUACCCUGUAAACAACUCUGUUCCUGGUAGCCACAGUAUCUGCUGGGUUGUUAUCCUCUAGUGGGGUUUGAGACUCCCUCACCUUUAUAGUUGACUUGUCCUCAUCACUAUGGUACCCUGUAAACAACUCUGUUCCUGGUAGCCACAGUAUCUGCUGGGUUGUUAUCCUCUAGUGGGGUUUGAGACUCCCUCACCUUUAUAGUUGACUUGUCCUCAUCACUAUGGUACCCUGUAAACAACUCUGUUCCUGGUAGCCACAGUAUCUGCUGGGUUGUUAUCCUCUAGUGGGGUUUGAGACUCCCUCACCUUUAUAGUUGACUUGUCCUCAUCACUAUGGUACCCUGUAAACAACUCUGUUCCUGGUAGCCACAGUAUCUGCUGGGUUGUUAUCCUCUAGUGGGGUUUGAGACUCCCUCACCUUUAUAGUUGACUUGUCCUCAUCACUAUGGUACCCUGUAAACAACUCUGUUCCUGGUAGCCACAGUAUCUGCUGGGUUGUUAUCCUCUAGUGGGGUUUGAGACUCCCUCACCUUUAUAGUUGACUUGUCCUCAUCACUAUGGUACCCUGUAAACAACUCUGUUCCUGGUAGCCACAGUAUCUGCUGGGUUGUUAUCCUCUAGUGGGGUUUGAGACUCCCUCACCUUUAUAGUUGACUUGUCCUCAUCAUUAUGGUACCCUGUAAACAACUCUGUUCCUGGUAGCCACAGUAUCUGCUGGGUUGUUAUCCUCUAGUGGGGUUUGAGACUCCCUCACCUUUAUAGUUGACUUGUCCUCAUCACUAUGGUACCCUGUAAACAACUCUGUUCCUGGUAGCCACAGUAUCUGCUGGGUUGUUAUCCUCUAGUGGGGUUUGAGACUCCCUCACCUUUAUAGUUGACUUGUCCUCAUCACUAUGGUACCCUGUAAACAACUCUGUUCCUGGUAGCCACAGUAUCUGCUGGGUUGUUAUCCUCUAGUGGGGUUUGAGACUCCCUCACCUUUAUAGUUGACUUGUCCUCAUCAUUAUGGUACCCUGUAAACAACUCUGUUCCUGGUAGCCACAGUAUCUGCUGGGUUGUUAUCCUCUAGUGGGGUUUGAGACUCCCUCACCUUUAUAGUUGACUUGUCCUCAUCACUAUGGUACCCUGUAAACAACUCUGUUCCUGGUAGCCACAGUAUCUGCUGGGUUGUUAUCCUCUAGUGGGGUUUGAGACUCCCUCACCUUUAUAGUUGACUUGUCCUCAUCACUAUGGUACCCUGUAAACAACUCUGUUCCUGGUAGCCACAGUAUCUGCUGGGUUGUUAUCCUUCUCUUUUAACUAGACUGAUGUACAGUGCAUUUGGAAAGUUUUCAGACCCCUUGAGUUUUUCCACAUUUUGUUACGUUACAGCCUUAUUCUAAAAUGUAUUAAAUUGUUUCUUUUCCUCAUCAAUCUACAUCCAGUACCCCAUAAUGACAAAGCAAAGAGAGGCUUAUUUUUUUGUACAUUUAUAAAAUGGAAAUAUU